AUUGCAACGAGCGACUCCAAAGGGCUAUCAGCACGGCUUUUUGGACGAUCCAAUUCGAUUCGAUAGCCUCAAACUGCUCCGAAGUCCACCGACCUGUUCACCACGCAGAGCAGCUGUUCCCGUGCAGCCUACAGACGAAAACGAAACCAAACGGGUUGCUCCCGCCCACUUCCCUCCCUCAAUUGAGACGACUUCAACACAUUCACAGCAGCCAUGGCGGGAGGUCUCACCAAGUACAGGCAUCUGAGCCGCAACUCGUCGGCACGACAGGCCCUGCUUCGCGGCCUCGUCACCUCCCUCGUCGCUCACGAGCACAUUCACACCACCUUUGCUAAGGCCAAGGAGGCUCAGCGCCUCGCUGAGAAGCUCAUCACCUACGCGAAGCGCGACAACGAGGAGACGAGGCGGAAAGCUCAGGCGAUUCUCUACACACCCCACGACCUCCUCCCCAAGCUCUUCGGCGAGCUCCGCACACGCUACUCCGAGCGACCGGGAGGCUACACGCGCGUGCUGCGCACCGAGCCCCGAAGCACCUACGACCAGGCGCCCUCCGCGAUCCUCGAGCUCGUCGACGGGCCCCGCGACGUGCGCUUCAUGAUGACGGCCAAGGCCGUCGCCCACGACAAGGACUCCGGCCACCGCAGCACCGACCUGACCAAGAAGAACGUCGCCAAGGUGACGAGGUACCGCAAGGACGGCAAGACGGCGUUCGACGACAUGGUGGCCAGCUUCAGGCUGCUCACGGCCCGGUCGGAUGCCAAGGCGGCGAAGAAGGAGGAGUUGUUGGAGGGAGCCAAGGUUAAGGCUAAGAAGGUGAAGGCCGCCAAGAAGGCGUAAAGCCGAGUCGAGGCUUUUGUUUUGAUGCGAUCUCAGUCGAUAUAGGAGAUCUGUCGUCUGCCGGAUAGGGGCAAAAACUUUGCUCAAAGCAGAGAGAACGAUGUGGCGUGAGAAGAAAAUGUAACUGAUAGGAAUGGUGUAUUAUCAAGAGGGAAAUACCUGGCCAGUCUAUAGAUUACUGUCGUGUAGGGUAUACAUGUAUACUACGGAA